AUCAAAUACACAAGUUGCCUGGGUCGCUUUCGAAAAAAUGCGACCUGUAUUCAGACUAUCAGCUACAGGUCGCAUUACAGCAAAAAAAAAAAAAAAAAAACAGGAAGUGGAAACUGCAGUGCUUAUGAUAAGCGCAAUAUGCUUCACUUAGCUCCUUGAUAUGAAAAAUAGGAAGUUGAAUUUUGGGUUUAAAUUCAAGUUCCUAUCGCUAUGCAAACCCUCCACAUCUUCUGACCUCCUGUAUGCAAAAAUCUACAUAUAAUUGCUUUGAAUUAUACUAUUAUACUCAAAAGCAAUCAUUGUAUGUACACAUGCACAUAAUCACACAAAGAACCGUUGUUCACUUGGAGUUUUCAGGAUUUCAACCGGUGAUUGUUUUAACUGCAGUUAAAUAUGAACAAACUGUCUUCAAAAACUCAAUAAAGUUCACAGUUUCCUAACGUUGAAGUCCAGAAUGAACGUGUUCAAAGCAUCCAAGUUUAUAGAAAGCCAUCAAGCUCACAUAUACAUAAAAUAUGACUUUUAGCACCUAAACAGCUCUUUAUCUGUGAGCUGCACAUGUGGUUUUUGUGUUCAACGUCUGCAGGCUGUUCUUGAGAAAACAUCUCAACUCAUUAUCGCUUUCUUCCCGUGUGAAGAACUACAGCUAAGCUCCCUCAGCACAUUCAGGCUAGCUUGGCUCCGCUUAACCGAUCCUAGGAAGACGCCGCUGACCGCAGUACCAGGACAGGCCUGCGCUGUGCUCGAGGAGGUAUAAAACUGGGAGUAGAUCCCCUCCAAGGAAAUCCUGUAAUCCAUCAGCAAAAUGUUCCUCUUCACUUUGGUGCUGGUGGUGCUGUUUCUACCGGAAGCUGACAACCUGAAAUGUAAAUGUGAAUCUGGCCCCGAGGGAAUUUGCUCUGAUGAAACAACUGAAUGUUCCUCAAAGAACUAUAGUUGUUCAGUAAGAACAAAAGUCUAUUAUUUAGGUGGUGCAAAGUCUGAGCACAACUCCAAAGGUUGCAUUAGGUCUGAACUGUGUAUUAGCUUCUCUGUCAGCUAUGGAGCUUACAGAAUUGUACAAAACACCAAGUGCUGCAGUGAAGAUCUCUGCAACGCCCAGAUUAACUACACAAAACCUGUCUCCACUCCAAAUAGAAAAAAGUGCUACAGCUGUGAUGAAGAAAACUGCAUGAAAACCCUUAAAUGUGCAGGGGAUGAAAACUACUGCAUUGAUAUAAAAGGACAUGCAGUAGGAGUAACUUUGAUGUCGAAGGGAUGUGCCUCUAAGUUGGUGUGCUCAGAUCAAUUUUCUUCAGUGAUGAGUCAGUUAACUUCACGGCCCCCUGGAACAAAGAUUAGCUGCUGCCGGGGCAACUACUGCAACGGCGUCAGCAGCACCAUCAGCAAAAGCAGCGCCAGCAGCACCAGUCCCACCCUGCUGCUCCUGUUGGUGCCUCUGUUGUUUUCUAACUUUUUUCUUAGCUCACAGAAGCUACUGAAUUGCUGCCAUGUUUUCUUUUUAAUCACAAUUCAUUUUCUAAACCUGUUCUUUUUAUUUGAUUCUAUAGCUUGGUUAGCUAAGCAACAUGUUAUAAUCAACAACAUCCUCUAUACUUUGUUGUUCUAUACUAAAAUAAUCUUCCUCAAUAAACACAAUUUUUUUUAAUUCUGGGUCCAGUACCGAUCUGAUUCUAAAUGUUUAGUUUUGAAAAAACAAAAUGACUUGAUGUUAUAGAUGUGGAAUAAACAUGUUUGAUUUUCUUUGAUUUAAUAUUAAAACUUGUUUUAAUCAAAGAAAAGUUAAAAGCUUUCAGAGCCCAAGAUUGUAGAGUUUGAAUGGAAAACUAACCAACAUGAACGUAAAAUUCAACCUGGAGAGACUCAGAGAGAAAGUAGCUGUCUUACUUUCUUAGCUGAUAGAAAUAAUUGCAUUGCUACCAGGUUUUCUUUUUAUGCAUAAUUCAUUUAAUAAAUCUGUUUUUUUUCUUUUCAUUGAUUCUCUAUAAAUUCACUAAGAUAAAACCAAGCAACAUUCUGUAAACAUCCUCAAUACUUCACUGCUGUUGUUCUCUAAAAACAAAUCCUGCUGAAUAAAUGCAUUAAAAA